AUGGCUCCCCCCAGGCGCGCCCUCAUCGCUGUUACCUCGGCCCACGCCCCCCUCUACCCCGGGGGUAAGGAGACGGGUCUCUUCAUCACCGAGGCCCUCCACCCUUUCGAUGUCUUCCGCAACGCUGGCUUCGAGGUCGAUCUCGCCUCUGAGACGGGCAAGUACUCGCCCGACUGGCUCAGUACCACCGACGACUGGCUCAAGCCGAACGAUCGCAAGAUCUACGAGGACAGGAACUCGGAGUUCCGCCGCAAACUCGACAACAUGCUCACGCCGGCCCAAGUCAACCCCGACGAUUACGGCAUUUUCUUUGCCUCGGCCGGCCACGCCAGUCUGAUCGAUUACCCCGACGCCAAGGGCCUGCAGAAGAUCGCCUCGACCGUGUGGGCUGAUGGCGGUGUCGUCUCGGCUGUCUGUCACGGCGGCGCCAUCUUCACUGGCGUCGUGGACAGUAAUGGCGCGCCCGUCAUCAAGGGCCGCAACGUGACUGGAUUCACGACAAAGGGUGAGGAGGAGGAGGGUGUCCUCGACACCAUCAAGAGCUGGAACCGGCCCACGAUUGAGGCAUCAGCCACUAGCCUCGGCGCCCACUACGUCUCGCCGCCAGGCCCAUGGGACGCAUUCACCCAGACUGACGGCCGCCUCGUUACUGGCGCCAACCCGGCCAGCGCUACGGUCACGGCUGAGGCCGCCGUUGCGGCGUUCGACAAGCUCAAGUAG